UUCCCCUUUUCUGCCAACAAGACAUUUUUUUUGUGUUUAAUGUGCUUCACUCGAGUCAGGACAAGCCACGAAAUAAAUUUUAUUCCAUUGUAUUCAAUCCACGUCAUUGAUUUUGACUGUAUCGAUUGGCAUCAGCUUGUCCUUUCAACAAUUCAAUUAAAAUUAAUAAUUUGAUACAUAUAAUUAUUAAAAAUAAUGACGACUAAAAAAGUUUUUGUUAAAUCACCAAAAUUAAAAUAUCAUGAUGAAUAUAUUGAAGCUGAGUACGAGUAUCAAACAAGUAAAGUUGAUCCAAUUGUUGAUGGAGCAUCUGAAAUAAUAGUAACACCAGAAUCAAAAACUCUGUUAAUUCGUACAGAAGUAAAAGUACCAAAAGUUGGUUUGAUGCUUGUUGGAUGGGGUGGUAAUAAUGGAACAACAAUAACAGCAGCAUUAUUAGCAAAUAAAAUGAAAUUAUCAUGGGAAACAAAAAAUGGAAUUAAAAAAUCAAAUUGGUAUGGUUCAUUGACACAAUCAUCAACUGUUUGGCUUGGUAUAAAUAAAGGUCAUGAAAUUUAUGCUCCAAUGUCAUCAUUAUUACCAAUGCUUAAUCCAGAUGAUAUUAUUAUUGAUGGUUGGGAUAUAUCAAGUUUAAAUCUUUCUGAUGCUAUGAAAAGAGCAAUGGUAUUGGAUAUUAAUUUACAAAAACAAUUAACAACACAUAUGGAAAAAUUAAAACCAAGAAAAAGUAUUUAUUAUCCAGAUUUUAUUGCUGCAAAUCAGGAAACAAGAGCUGAUAAUUGUUUAUCAGGAACAAAGCUGGAACAGCUAAAUGCAAUUAGAAAUGACAUAUCAUCAUUUAAAAAAGAAAAUAAUUUGGAUAAAGUAAUAAUACUUUGGACAGCAAAUACUGAAAGAUUCAGUGAAAUAAUACCAGGUGUUAAUGAUACAGCUGAUAAUUUAUUAAAAUCAAUAGCUGAUAAUCAUUCAGAAAUAAGUCCAAGUACAAUAUUUUCAGUAGCAUCAUCACUAGAAGGUUGUACAUAUAUUAAUGGUUCACCACAAAAUACAUUUGUACCAGGUGCAUUAGAAAUUGCUGAUAAUAAUGGAACAUAUAUUGCUGGUGAUGAUUUUAAAUCUGGUCAAACAAAAUUAAAAUCAGUACUUGUUGAUUUUUUAAUAUCAGCUGGUAUUAAACCAGUAUCAAUUGUUAGUUAUAAUCAUCUUGGUAAUAAUGAUGGUUAUAAUUUAUCAGCACCAGAACAAUUUAAAUCAAAAGAAAUAUCAAAAAGUAAUGUUGUUGAUGAUAUGGUUGAUUCAAAUAAUAUUCUAUAUGAUGAUAAUAAAAAACCAGAUCAUUGUGUUGUUAUAAAAUAUGUGCCAUAUGUUGGUGAUAGUAAAAGAGCCAUGGAUGAAUAUACAUCUGAAUUAAUGCUUGGUGGUCAUAAUACAAUUGUUGUUCAUAAUACAUGUGAAGAUUCAUUAUUAGCAUCACCAAUAAUAUUAGAUUUAGUUAUAUUGGCUGAAUUAUCAUCAAGAAUAACAAUUAAAGCUAAAGAAAAUAAAGAUGGAAAAUUUGAAAAUUUUCAUACUGUAUUAUCUUUACUAUCAUAUCUUUGUAAAGCACCACUUGUACCAUCUGGUGCACCAGUUGUUAAUGCACUAUCACGUCAACGUUCAGCUAUUGAAAAUAUUCUUCGAGCUUGUAUUGCUCUACCACCAAUUAACAAUAUGCUUCUUGAGCAUAGAAUUAACAUUUCAUAAACAUCAUACAAUAAAUUUUGAUAGGUAUAUAUUUUUUUUGCAUUUUAUAUAUAUAUUUUUACACAAAAUAUUAUAUUAAAUCCAUGAUGACAAUGUGCCAACAAAUAAAAAAAUAUAUAUUUCUUAAAUGUUGAAAAUGUUAAAUGUAUAAUUCAGUAUUGUAAUUUUUUUUUUUUUUUUUUCCACAGCAUAUAAUCCAUACUACAAAAUGAAAAAUUAUAUUAUUAUUUAUAUAAAUAUAUUUUUCAUUUUACAAAAUUAAUAUAUGUUGUGAUUUUUUUGUGAAUUUGAUAUUAAUAAAUAUAUUGAGUACUUAAAUAAAUUACAAGAAUUUUCAAUUUUCUACUUAUUAAAACAACCCCUUGAACAACCAAUGAUCCAUCACUAUCAGUAUCACGUGAUAAAAAAAAAUAUAUUAAAAAAAAUGGCGUUGUUAUCAUUGAAAAUAAAAGAAAAUUGAUAAUAUCCAUGAAAAAUUUCAAUCUUAAAAGUCAAUUAAUUAACGAUUAAAAUAAAAUCAAGAAAAAAGUUCAAUAAAAAAAUAAUUCUCGUGAAAAUUAGGCCAAGAUGUUAUUAUUAUUUUUAUUUCUUAUCUUGAUGCACCACCUUGAUGCAUCCGUGUUGGUGUGUGUGUGUGUUUGACACAUAUUGGGGGUGCACCAUGUCGUUCUAUUAUUGUGUAAGUAAAUAUACAUAUGCACUCGUGUAUUUUUCUAUGUACCAGUGCCGGGGGUUCAAAGUCGUCGUCUGAUGCUUCGUAUAUUGUGAAAAAAAAAAAAGAAAUAAAAAAUAAAAAAAAAUAUCUUAUUGCACUU